UACAUCUGUACCUAUGCGAACCACUGUUCCAGAAUCUGGCAAGAUCCAACUAUAUAUUGUUCCCAAUCUCACAUGAAUCAGGAUUUCAUCAUACACUGCUCAUUUUUGACAAGGAAUUAAAGAACUGGUACCACUGUGAUUCAAAAAGACCGAAAAAAUCAUCAACUGGAAAAUCCUUUAAAAAUGUACAAAAAAUGGUUGACAUGGUAGAACUUUGGAUGACAGCAGUAAAAGAACAAGCCGAUGACAUGCUGGAACAGGGAUGCAGAAUGAAAUUUGAUGAAAAGAACAGUUCAGAAGAAGAACUGAAAAUGAUGGAAGUUCCAUUGACUGAAACCGAGAGAGAAAGCAUAAAGUGGAUCAAGAAUAACUAUAAAACAAAAAUGGCAGUGACAGAACUCAAAGACAGCCCUCAGCAAGGAGAAGAUUCAUUGGAUUGCGGACUUUUUGUAAUGUACACAAUGGAGACAAUUUCGAAAAAAGGGAGAGUUCCAAAGAAGCUCACAAAGGAUGAUAUUUUGAAGUUUAGAGCUCAUGUUGUAAAGUCAUUUGCAGAAAGUAGGCACAGCUGGAACUCAACACAUGAAGAAUCGUAGAAAUUUGUUUAGGGAAUAGGAUAGGUUAU